AUGUUCUCCAACUUGACGACCAUCGUGCAAAAGGCUCAGCAGCUCAUCGAUCCGACCCAGGGGCUCAACCUCUCCGACUCCGACCGCAACCCGUCCAAGGCCUCGCUCUUCCAGAGCCAGUUCCGCCUCCCCGCCUCCCAGACGCCCCUGUACGAGAUCAACGCCGAGCUCACCAUCCCGCCCUCCAACGCGAGCCGCACCGGCAAGGACCACGACCGGGGAUGGCACUACGCCGGCAAGCUGCACCUCUCCGAGGCCUACAUGUGCUUCUCCACGACGCCGAGCAGCUUCGUCCCGUCGGCGAGCACCUCCCACUCCUCCGUCUUCACCGGCCAGACCCACGGCGCCGGCCCGAGCGGCAACGGCUUCACCUUUCCCCUCUGCGCCAUCCGGAGGGUCGAGAGGCUGAAUAGCCAGAAUUUCCAGUUCGCGCUCGCCAUCACGAGCUGGAACGGCCUCCUGGCCGACAAGCCCAAGGGCAAGGAAGGAGACGGCGACGGCAAGGAUGGCGUCCGAGAGCAGCGCAUCACCAUCCACCUCGCCGGCACCCGCCAGGCCUGCGAGCGCUUCUGCGACGGGCUCAAGCGAGGCCUGCGAGCGGGCGUCGGCAACGUCGGCAAGCUGCGCAAGGUCGUCGCCGAGUGCUACUCCGAGCACCUCCUGCGGUCCGAGGAGCGGAAGAACGCGAGCCCCCCCGACGCCGGGCUCGGCAUGAUCUUCCGAUACCCCGGCGACGCCAAGAAGCUCCGGGACCGAGCCAAGAUGCGCCUCUGGGCCGAGUACCUGCGGGACAACGGCCGGAACGUGACGCUCGCCCGCCAGCCGACCUUCCACAAGCUCAUCCGCGUCGGUCUCCCCAACCGGCUGCGCGGCGAGAUCUGGGAGCUCACCUCGGGCUCCAUCUACCUGCGGCUCGAGAAGCCGACGUCGUACGGCGACACGCUGGCCAGGUUCGAGGGCCAGGAGUCGCUCGCCAUCGACGAGAUCGAAAAGGACCUCAACCGGAGCCUGCCCGAGUACCCGGGCUUCCAGAGCGAGGAGGGCAUAGGCAGGCUCCGGCGCGUCCUCACCGCCUACAGCUGGGUCAACGCCGACGUCGGCUACUGCCAGGCCAUGAACAUCGUCGUCGCCGCCCUGCUCAUCUACAUGUCCGAGUCGCAAGCCUUCUUCCUCCUCUCCGUCCUGUGCGACCGGCUCGUGCCCGGCUACUACUCGACCACCAUGUACGGCACCCUCCUCGACCAGAAGGUGUUCGAGUCCCUCGUCGAGAGGACGAUGCCCGUGCUGUGGGACCAUCUCGUCCGGAGCGACAUCCAGCUGUCCGUCGUCUCCCUGCCCUGGUUCCUGUCCCUCUACGUCAACUCGAUGCCCCUCAUCUUCGCCUUCCGCGUCCUCGACGUCUUCUUCGUCGAGGGGCCCAAGGUCCUCUUCCAGGUCGGCCUCGCCAUCCUCCGCAUCAACGGGGAGGAGCUGCUCGACGCCGCCGACGACGGCGCCUUCAUCUCCGUCCUCAAGGCCUACUUCUCGCGCCUCGACGAGUCGGCCCACCCGAGGUCGGAGAACCCGAAGCUGCGGGCCGUCACGCGCUUCCAGGAGCUCAUGGUCGUCGCCUUCAAGGAGUUUUCCGCCAUCACCCACGGCUCCAUCACCGACCUGCGCCUGCAGAAGAAGGAUGCGGUCCUCAGCAACAUCGAGAACUUUGCCAAGAGGACGGCGAUCCGGAACCUCGGUCCCGACAGCAAGCUGCUCGCCGCCGACGAGCUGAGCGCCCUCUACGACCGCUUCUACAGCGUCCUGUACGAGCGCCAGCAGCGGGACCACGUGCUCAAGGAGGAGGAGCGGCGCAGGGCCAAGACCGGCCGCAUGCGCGCCUCCGACAUCUUCUCCGGAGCCUCCCAGGCCCAGGGCCAGGCCGUCGAGAAGGGACGUGUCGGGCUCGGGCCGAGCACGAACCUCAUGGACUACGACGCCUUCCGGGAGUUCCUCGCGAGCAUGUCGAGGUGGGCCAUCUCCGACUCGCCGGGCCAGACGAGGCGAGAGUCGGGCGCGGAACCGGACCGGCUCUCCAAGUUCCACAGCACCCGGCGGGCCGCCGAGACGCCGUCCCCGUGGGGCGCCGGGCCCGAGCCGGCCGAGCACGACUUCCUGCGACGGCUGUACAAGAGGUGGGACGUCGACGGCAACGACGCGCUGACGCUCCAGAACGUCGUCACCGGCCUCGCGGGCAUCAAGGGCAAGCACGACAUCAUGGGCACCAUCACCUACUUCUUCGAGCUCUACGACGACGACGACGACGGCAAGGUCGACCGGGAAGGCAUCCUGAGGAUAUCCGAGGCCCUGCUGUUCCUGUCCCGACGCGGACUCGAGGGCACGCUGAGCGCCGGCGCCUCGAGCACGGCGCUCAACGGGGACGCGCCCGGCGCGAACGAGUCCCAGGGCAGCCCCAACGCGGGCAUGACGAAGAACGAGCGAUUCCUCGGCAGCGUGAGCGCCUUCAUCCGACGUUGCUUCGAGUACGCCGACCCGGAUCACCCUCAGAACAAGCAGGCGACGGAAGAUGGCGCCGCGGCGGACGCGGGCGCCUUUGUCAUCGGGGACGAGGACGACGACGACGACGACGACGAUCUGAUCGGCCUCGACGACGCCCCUUCCGAUCCGACGCGGACGGCGACCGGCUCGACUCCGGUCUCGGGCGACGAGACGGUGACGGAAACGGACACGGAUGGCACCGGCGGCCCGACGCGCCGGGUAUCCCGCGUCAAGGCCGAGGCGGCCAACGCGGCGCUGGACCCGGCCAACCCGCUGCACAUCACGCUGCCGACGUUCAGAAUGGUCGUCUUGGCCGACGAGCUCCUCGAGCAGUUCUUCGAGUCCUCCUUCCCAGCCUCCUUCCACAUGAUUGACGGGGUGCAGAGCGCGACGCCGACGCCGUCGAGCUCGCUGACGACCUUUGCGAGCCUCGGCUUCGGCGCCAGGCCGCCGGCUCUGUCGCAGACGGUGCUGCCGGGCGCCGGACGCAGCCUGCGCGGCGUGCUGGACAACAUUGUCACGGACGGGAUGCGCGUGGCGACGGAGGUGCGGAGACGGAUGGAGGAGGCGCAGAAGGAGCUCGAGAAGAGCGCGAUGCCGAACCAGAGGCACGACGAGGACGACGAGGACGACGACGACAUUGGCGUCGCCGUCGGCGCGAGGAAAGGGCGCAGCCAGGACAUGGAGCGGCGGUCGGUCCAUAGCGCGGACCGCGACCUCCUCGACGGCCUCGACGCCGAGGCCGGGGCGCCGGCCAAGGACGAGGGAACGAACCUCAUCGACAUGGAUCCCCACUCGGGCAAGAGCCGAGCCGAGAGGCCGUCGACGACGGGCACGGCCGUGGUGGAGUUUGAGGGGUGA